AUGAUCACAUCAGAGCAGGAACCCCCAGCCCCUCGUGGGUCUGACUCGACCAUGCCAUCUCCAAACAUCCCCGAAAAAGACCACCAUUCUUUACUUCCAGUCUAUCGUCAAAACGGCCGACUAUUGCUUCGAAUCGAAACGGCUGGCGAGAGUGGAAGAUCCGGUUUUCAUCCUCUGUCAUUUCUGAAAAUCUGCGCUAAGAGCACGACGCCUAUAUCGAUGUAUGUCAAUGUACUCUGGCCAUUUGUUCCACCCGCAAUCAUUCUGCAUUUUGCCCGACCGGACUUGCCUCUUUGGAUCUUUAUUCUCAACUAUAUUGCCAUGGUACCGUCUGCGAAUCUUCUUGGGUUUGCUGGUGGAGAAUUAGCAAAGAAACUACCUAAAGCCCUAGGGGUGCUUGUCGAGACUCUACUGAGCGGGACUGUCGAAAUAGUUCUUUUCAUGGUCUUAAUUUCCAAUGACCGUAAUAAUAACCUGAUUCUUGUUAUUCAGGCUGCAAUUUUGGGGUCUAUCCUUGCAAACCUACUACUUUGCCUGGGACUCUGCUUUUUCUUGGGAGGAUUGCGUCGUGAGGAGCAGACUUUCCACGAAGUAAUCAGCGAGUCCGGUUCUGGCUUGAUGCUAGUUGCCGGAUUCGGUCUCAUGAUACCUAGCGCAUUCUAUUCUGCCCUCGCAGGCAGCACGUCUGCUCGCGGAGCCUUCACCCCGCAGGUAUUAGUUCAAAGCACUCGGACUAUCAGCAGAGCCACUGCCAUUAUUCUUUUAAUAGCGUUUUUCCUGUUUUUAUGGUUCAAUUUACGAAGCCAUCACAGCAUCUAUAGCGAAGUACUCAAAUUCGAUGAAUCCCGCGACGAGGAUCGAAUCGAGGAAAUGCAGCGAGCAAAACUUACCUUUACGGAAUCAAUUUUCGCCAUUCUGAUCUCUCUUACUUGUGUAUCAUUACAUGCUGUUUUCCUCGUGGAAAAGAUUCCUACAAUCGUAAAGCGCGGGGUGCCAGACAACUUUAUGGGACUUAUACUCGUCCCACUCGUUGAAAAAGCGGCCGAACAUUUAACAGCUGUAGAUGAAGCAUGGGAUAAUCAAAUAAACCUUGCCUUGUAUCACUGUCUUGCUCCUUCUAUCCAGACUGCUCUUUUCAACGCCCCCCUGGUUGUGAUCGUCGGCUGGGGGAUGGGUAAGCAAAUGGAUCUCAACUUCGAGAUCUUUAUGAUUGUUUUAUUAGUACUUUCAAUUAUCGUCGUGGGGAAUUUUCUCCGGGAUGGGGCGUCCAACUAUCUUGAAGGUGGCCUCCUUGUGCUUGUUUACAUUAUUAUAGCAAUUACCACCUGGUACUAUCCGAAUCCACACGAUGGUGCUACGAACGUUCAGCUGCCCCAUGGCACCGGUGGCCAUUGA